AUGGACGACUAUGAGAGGGAGAAAGUAAGGAAAGAAAUCAUGACGGUCUUCCGUAUCAACGCGUAUACUCCUCGAAAGGACGGUCUGGAUUUUUGCGUCGAAGAAAUGCAAAGAUUCGAUAAAGCUACGAGGACGAAGUGGUUGGAUAAAAUAGUCGCAACACUGAGAAAACAAACUUUGAACACUCCUGUCCUCACCAAAGAAGUAUUCAUAGAGAUUUUCAAGCAGAUUUCGAAUAGCGGGCAGAAAAAGGAAGAAUUAUUCAAAGUGUUCGAUGUAUUCUCCAUCAAACAGUUCAACUAUGAUCCCGAGUGCUCGAAAAUGAUCAAAUCCGCAAAAGUACCGAAAAUUUCUUCUGAUGUGAAUGGUAUGACAACAGCCUUACGUAAUAGGUUUACCAUUGUUCAACAGAGAGCUCAAAGAUGCAAAGUAUUGCAACAAAUUCAUUUUUCCCAAAUUGACUCGCUGUUAGGCUGCAUAAGGAAGAGAGAAAACGUAAUCAUUUUGGGGAUGAUCAGUCAACAAAAAGCAGAUUGUUAUCAUAUUGAAGAUUUGACCGGGUCGAUACAAGCCAAUUUCUCAAAUGCUGAGUUUAGAACUGGUCUGUUCACAGAGGGUGGAAUCUACAUGUUUGAGGGUACUCUAGAAUCCAACAUUUUCUACGUUCAUAUCGCUGCGCUUGUCCCAACAGAAAGUGCUGAUCAAACCCGUGAGCAUUUUGGUAACGAAAAUUGGUUUGGAGGAGACGAUCCUAUUGCAUUCAGAUGCAAUAAAAAACUGGUGGCAGCAUGCGUGAGGAAUGUUGAAGCGGCUAUUGUUAUUGUGUCUGAUGUUCAUUUGGAUCAACCAAAGGUGAUGCGAGCUUUAUACCAUAUGUGGAGUGGUUUCGCUAUGUGCCCACCUGUUGCUUUCAUACUUUGUGGAAACUUUUGUUCCCGACCUAGGCAACCAGACACCAUGGAGUUGAUGGAAGAGGGAUUUCGAAGAUUAUCAAAUCAGCUGAAUGAAGAUAGUCAUCGUAAGGCUUUUGCCGAUACUCAUUUCAUUUUCGUUCCGGGUCCAGAUGAUCCUUCAAUGAAUAUGUGUUUGCCUCGACCCCAUUUGCCUUCACCGCUGUUGAAUCCGCUCAAAACUCUACCGAACGUUCUUCUUGCCUCUAACCCUUGUCGUAUCCAGUAUGGAAGUAAAGAAAUAGUCGUAUUACGCGAUGAUUUGGUCGAAAAGAUAUGUCGACAUACUGUCAACAGUGUUGAACAAUCUAACAUCCCAAGAGCAUUUGCUCUCACUGUUUUGAGUCAAGCUAAUCUCUCACCAUUACCAUCUCACAUUGCUCCAGUGCUUUGGGAUUGGGGAACAGCGCUUUCACUUCAUCCAUUGCCCGAUCUCUUAGUUGUUGCCGACAAAUACAUUCAUUUUACUGAGCGCGAAUCGGAUAUGAUAGUCUGCAAUCCUGGCUCAUUCUCAACUUCUUCUUUCGGUUUCCAUGUUUACUAUCCUGAACAGAAAAAAGUUGAUGAUAGCGUCAUCGAGCUUGAAUAA